CCCCCCCCCCCCCCCUCCCGGCGCUAAAGAGAGAGGCUUGACCGAUACUGUACAUAGCGGGGCUAUAUAAAUUCGAUCCAUCCAUUUUCUAAUCCGUUUACCCUCACAAGGGUCCCGGUCCGGUAUAGCGCCAUCGUCGGUUCGGAUUUAGGUUGCAUAUAGGGUGGCGAGUGAGCUGGACUGAUCUUUGGACCGAACCCGAAAAUCCCUCGAGCGCUUUUUCGAACUUAAAACGAUGAUGCCCCGAAAGCUCCCGCAUCAUGUCGUCAUCAUUUGGCUGUGAUCAGAGUAUCGCCGAGGCGGGACUCGCCCAGGAUAGAAAGUGAAAGUAAACCGUCCGCUAGGAAGAAAAAAAAAAUGUGCGCCGCCUGGGAUGAAAGCCGACGAACUUCAUCGACGCUGCAACGCGUGUGAACCUGGAUGUGUACAGGAGCAGAAUGACAUGGAGCGCCGCCCCCUGCCUGUGUCUCAUGGUAUUCCUGAGUGUGACUAAACCUUCAGAAGAGAACUGCAAAGACUAUUUUACACAGAAGGAAUGGGAAGAUAACACGAUUAAAACGGUCUCCCUUGUGAUCACAGAGAACAAAACAGAUGUGGCGGAGUGUACUUUAGAAAGCCACUGUUUGAAAAACGAGAUGUGUCCUGUAUUCCACGACUGCUUUGACAGACCUGCCACGUCACCAAGUGAAAAGUGUAAACCUGUGCAGAUUGUUCCCGUUCACACUCAUCACUUAAUGUGCCUGUUAGCCAGAGUCGUGGAUUCCCAAAAAACUAUACAUGGCUGUGAAUAUGGUGAGUCAAGCGUUUGCCCGUUAUUUGGGGAGAGUUGGCAAGACGCAACUGCACUGCCGUCGACAGACCCAAAGAUGACAUCACAAGUUGUGUCAUCUCGGGCUGAACCGCUGCCAACAUCACGUGCAUUAUUACCAAAUUCUACGCCUGUGGCAGAAAACCGACACCAUGCUGACAAUACAGCCGCCUGUCAAGGCAAUGCUAAGUUUCCUUUGGGUUUUCUAUAUAGAUAUAUAUAGCAGAUUAUAAAAAUAAUCAAUUCCUUGUUUUUCUUUCCCCAGACAAUUUAAGCCUGACGGUGCCGUUAGUGAUUUCUUCAAUGCUUGCCGUUGUGAUGCCGUUAGCCGUUUACUUUUACAUGCGUCACCAGAUGAAGCAAGACGAGAGAGGGCCAGGAAACCAGAGUACCCGGAGAAAAGCCACGCCGGCGCGGGGAGAGCAUGCAAACUCCACACAGGAAGGUCGGAGCCGGUAUCAAACCCUGCACCUCUGCACUGUGAGGUUGGCGCGCUAACCACUCAACCAACGGACCAAUUCUUCAUGGAGAAUCAGUGACAAAAGGUAAUCAAACGGGGGCUAUCAAUGGAUUCAUUCUGAAGAUGUGGACGAUAUCAAGGUGGCUGAACCAAAAAAGCUGGAAAGGUUCCUGGAUUUUUUUUUUCAAGGACUGAAUGAAGGUGUCAGAAGAGACGGCUGGGAAAAAGUGUGCCAGACUCCAGGGGGGGUCGCUUUGAAAGAGGGAAACUUGCUCUUUGGAUUGGAACUAACUCUUUUAACACCAGCGCUGUCAUUUUUUAGACACGCCUUCCGUAUUGCAUAACAUUUGUUUUUAACAGAUCUUGUAUUGAAUCGCAUCCCAUUGGGGUGUGUGCUUUAUGUCAUGGACGGUGUUAUGUCCAAUCAUGUCGACAGUGUUGAUUUUUAUUUCUUUUAAAUGCCUCCGUUCAGCUAGCGAGGCACAUAGCAUAAAGUGAGUUGAAUUCUUGUAUUCUUUGGCAUUCGACUCGGCAUGAGUUAGAUUUGUUCUUGGUUUUACUGUUUGGUGCUUUCUACCGUCUUUGUUACAGCACUUUGUAUGCAGCGACGGCUAUUCAAAAGUGCUCCAUUAAUACAUUUGAAUUGAAUUGAAGGUAUGCAAUGAGGAAAUCUGGCAUGACAUACCGAAGCUCCUCAUUUCACUGUGUUUUCAUUAACUUUGAUGAAUGAAUGAAUGUGUUGUUCAAUAUUCAGAAAAGAUUAACAACAUAUUAUCCAGUUUCCAACGACCUAAUCUGUGCACAAAGCAUGGCCUGCGGAGCACAAAUUGCCUGUUAGAUGUAUUUUUUUUCCUGUUUGUAUUAGCAUUUGCAUUGUCAAGUCUUGUAUUACUUGUUGCAUUCAUGAAAAAAUAUAUAAUGAUA